AUGUUGGCAGACAGUUUACACUUGGAAAUAGAACAAAUUAUAAUCGAAUCAAAAAUCGGUUCUGUUAAUUGGGGCCACCAAUUCGAUCCAUCCACUGAGGAUGCCGAGAAGGCUUUUACUCAAAAUUAUGGCCUUCAAGAAAGGGGAAAUUGGACAGGAAUUUUAGGGCUUUUGGAGGCGGGAUUGGCCGAUACUGUUUGCACGUUAUAUCCAUAUACUGAACAAAAAGCAAAAUUUUUUAAUUUUUCACAUCCAAUAACUGGGGUAUUUUUAAUUAAAAAUUAAAGAAAAAAUUUAAAGGUAAGGGAUAUUUACAUUGCAAAACCUAAAAGGAAAAGUGUGUCAGUAUCCCUUUGGAAUGCCUUCUUUCCCUAUGAGCGCUCGUUAUGGUAAGGAAUUAUAGGAAUUAAAUUGGUGAGGGAAGUUUUUAUUUUUCAGGUUCCUUCUCCUCUUCUUUUUAUUGCUCCAAUGUGGAGUUGCUUCGCUUGUUGCGAAUAUGGAAUAUAGACUUAAUCUUCGUCCAACUUAUAAUCCGCUUGAGGUAGUUAAAAAUAGAGAGACUAGAGUGAAGUUUC